CCCCUCUAUAGAGGGGAGGGGACCAGGCAUUUCAGCAGAGCUCAGCCGGCAGCAGCAGCCUCCGGACUUUCACUCCCAGCUCGCCCCCCUCGCCAGCAUGAACGGGAAAGCCCUAGCACUGCUCACUUGUCUGCUGCUCUCUCUCUCCCCCUCGGAGGAGAAACCCGUCAGCCUGACCUACCGAUGCCCCUGCAGGUUCUACGAGAGCAACGUGGCUAAAGCCAACAUCAAGCACCUCAAAAUCCUGACCACCCCGAAUUGCUCGCUGCAGAUUGUCGCAAGGCUGAAGAACAACAGUAAGCAAGUAUGCAUUGAUCCCAAGUUAAAGUGGAUUCAGGAAUAUCUGGAGAAAGCUUUAAACAAGAGGUUCAAGAUGUAAGAGGCAAGCAUUGUAAGCCGUCUACAGGAUUUCUUACUGUAGGACCCAGAGAGCAGAUAACCAGUAUUAGGGAAUGAAUGCAUUUCACUGUUAUCAUGCAGCACAAAGGCAAGGCUUCAUGCAUUUCCAAAGGCUUUUCUCUUUUUUUUUUUUGCACAAAUUGGCUUGCUUUCACAGUACAAUUUUAUGGA